AUGACUCUCCAUUGGGUGGCUGAGUCAAGUCAACCUGUUCACACUGGCCGCUUCUCCCGUCAGGGAACAAUUGCUCAUCUUCUCCAACUCUUCCCCUCCUCGAUUGAAUCGGAAUCGGAACAAGAUUAACCUCCUGCAGCCAAAUUGCUCUUCAGGGCUUCUCCGAUUUUGGGCAAUCAGAAAUGAAGGGUGAAUCCAGCACACAAAAUAAGGCGGGGAACAAGUCACAGUAUCCAAUUACUAUUCCAAAGAAUCCAACCUUAGAUUCUUUGAAAGUCAUCACAGAUAAUUUCUCAAGUAAACGAGAAAUCGGGCGCGGUGCAUUUGGAGUGGUUUAUAAGGGUGUUCUUGAGAAUGGGGAGGUGAUUGCUGUGAAGAAGCUCGAGAGAACAUCAGGAAUUCAUGCCAGACGGUUUCAGAACGAGGCAAACAACCUCCUGGAGUUGGAGCACAAGAAUGUAGUGAAGUUGAUUGGUUCUUGCUGCCAAGCAGAAAGGCAAGUAGUUGAGCAUGAUGGGAAGUAUGUUUUCACAGAUGUGGUGGAGAAGUUACUCUGCUAUGAGUAUCUACCGAAUGGAAGCCUUGAUAACUAUAUCUACGAUGAAUUGAAUGGAAUUGAUUGGCCCACGCGUUUCAAAAUAAUCUUGGGUAUUUGCAACGGUUUACAUUUUCUACACAAGGAGCGGAAUGAAGCUAUUAUUCACAUGAAUCUUAAACCAAGCAAUAUAUUAUUGGGUGACAAUAUGGUGCCAAAAAUUGCUGAUUUUGGGCUGUCAAGGCUCUUUGGUCAAGAGCAAACCCGACUUAUCACCCAAAAUGUUGUCGGAUGGAUAGGAUACAUUGCCCCAGAGUAUUAUUAUAGAGGUGAAAUAUCAGAGAAGUCAGACAUAUUCAGUUUGGGUAUUCUUAUUCUUGAGAUAGUCACAGGAUUGAAAAACGACUCUACCUCUCAAGAAGUUUCAUCCAGGAUUCUUAUUGACAAUGUACGGAGGAAAUGGUUAAAAUCAUCACAAAUAACGUCAAGGUACCCAUCACUAGAAGAAGAUGACAUCCUACAGGCAAAAAGAUGCAUCGAAAGUGGGUUAAACUGUGUGGAGACCGAUCCAAAGAAACGACCUACUAUAAGUGAAAUUAUUGUAAAACUCACAGAUAAAGGAACAGUUAUUGGUGAUGAAGCGAUCAUACAUGAAGAAAUGGAGAAAAGGCAAAAAUUCGUAAGUACGCUAACAAGAAACCCGAAGUUACAGUUUUUGGAAGAUAUAACAAACAAUUUCUCCCAUGAGCGAGAAAUUGGUAGAGGUUCUUUUGGGGUGGUUUACAAGGGUGUGCUUCCAAAUGGGGAACUAGUUGCUGUAAAGAAGCUUCUAGACAGUGUGACUGCAGUUAAUCAAGACAAACAGUUUCAGAGUGAGGCUGGUAUUCUUAUUGAUCUCAAUCACAAGAAUAUAGUAAAGUUGAUUGGGUAUUGUUAUGAAAUACGGAAGGAAGUUGUGGAGAACAACCGAAAAUUUUUCUUUGUGGAAACACCAAAAAAGUUACUCUGCUACGAGUAUUUGCCUACAGGGAGUCUUGACAAGUAUAUUUAUGGUGAAUCCAAUGAAUUAAAAUGGGACAUGCGCUUCAAAAUUAUUGAAGGGAUAUGUCAGGGUUUAAAGUUCUUACAUGAGUUGAAAAGACCCAUUAUUCAUCUAGAUCUGAAACCUGGCAAUGUAUUGUUGGAUGAUAAUAUGAUGCCAAAAAUUGCAGAUUUUGGCCUAUCAAGGCUCUUAGGCGAAGAACAAACACGAACUCGUACUUUAACAGUUGUCGGAUCCAUAGGAUACAUUGCCCCGGAGUAUCGUUACAGCGGUGAAAUCUCAACCAAAUCAGACAUAUUCAGCUUGGGUGUUUUGAUAAUCGAGAUAGUGACUGGGUUAAAAGUCAAUUCGAGUAGCCAAGAUGUUACUUCAAAGGGCUUCAUUGAAAAUGUACGUAAUAACUGGGCGAAAAUGCCACAGAUAGCUUCCAACUAUCCAUUAUUGGAGGCAAACUGCCUCCAAGAAGUAAAAAGGUGCAUCGAUAUUGCGCUUGCUUGCGUAGACAAAAAUCCAAAGGGGAGACCUUCUAUUGGGGAAAUUAUUGACAGACUUAAUUGGAGAAAAGGCUAAAUGAUCAUCUAACAUCUACUAGGUGAAAACACUUCAGCUUUUUAUAUAGAUAAUGCCAACACUGCAGCUGAAUAUGUUCUUCCAGAUCUAGCAUAAAUGUCGAUCUUUUUCAUUGUACAUUGUUGGAAGCUGCUUGGCAAGGGUCACAGUGACCGACGGUGGUAGCUCUUGAAGGAAGUGCCAAAAAUCUGAAGCUGAACAAAUCUUGAGUGAAUCCAGUUUCUCCGAAUAUAGAUCUUCCUGCAGUCAUGACUUCCUGCUGCAUAUAGGUCUUUAAUGCUGGUGGCAUGAAUGUAUGAUCGGUCAUCUUAAUCACCUUUUUGUUUAUGAGAGAUGCUUGAUGCAUGCUCCACGGCAAUAAUCUCCUUUUAUUUUCUUUGCCUGAUGUUCCAUGAUCAGUGAGCUCUCUUCUCCUUCA